AUGCCCAUGGCGGCGAUUCACACUUAUCAAAAUCUCGACGUUAACCAAAAGUUAACGCAGCUGCAGAACCCCGCACCGAGACGCUUAGCACCGGCUCCAGUAGACACAGCGCGUUGUAAAAAGAAAUCUUAUAUUCAUCAGCCUUACCCGAUUCAACCAGCGUCUGUGGCCCGAAGAAACGCCAGGGAAAGGAAUAGAGUGAAACAAGUUAACAAUGGAUUUGCAGCCCUUCGACAACAUAUUCCUUCCGCUGUCACGGCUGCUUUAGCGGGUGGCAGAGGAUCUUCCAGAAAACUGAGUAAAGUUGAUACGUUGAGGCUCGCUGUUGAAUACAUUAAGAGCUUGAAACGUUUAUUAGAUGAGAGUGAAGAAGGAUGCUCAGAAACUCAAAUGAGUUUGGGCUUAAGUGGUAAUGGACCACAAACACCUCCGUCUUCAGACGAGUCUCAUUCACCUGCACCUUCACUAAUAUCAGAAAGUUCGACAGGGCCAACCUGUCACGACGCUUACGAUUCCUAUGAACCGAUGAGUCCUGAAGAUGAAGAGUUACUUGAUGUUAUUACUUGGUGGCAACAACAAUGA